AUGGAUUAUUGGAAAUCACACCGGACGUUGAAAUUUGCAAGGGAAAUCGAUGAGGGAACACCUGAGUGUGGGUUUGAAAGCUUGCCUUCUUACUUAUACAUGAUAAGAAGGGCAAAUCGGUGUACAGUUACGCGUCUUCAAAUCGAUGAGCUUGGAAGAUUCAUGUAUGUGUUUCUUGUCUUUGGUGCGAGCGUUAGUGGGUUUCCUUUCAUGCGCAAAGUUGUUGUAGUCGACGGUACGUUUCUCAAUGGUAAAUACAAAGGGAGGCUACUCACAGCACUAGCUCAGGACGAUGAUUCGUGGCAUUGGUUUUUUACGCAACUAAAACUUCUGAUUCCUGACGACGAGGGUCUUGCGAUAAUCUCGGACAGGCAUAACUCGAUAGGAAAAGCAAUUAGAAAUGUGUAUCCGUUGGCUGCUCGGGGAAUAUGCACCUACCAUUUAUAUAAGAACAUAUUGGGACGGUACAAAGGAAAAGAAGCAUUCCGUCUGGUGAAGAAAGCGGCAAGAUGUUUUAGGAUGUCUCACUUUACACCGAUUUUCGAGGAGAUUGAAGCGAUUCAUCCUGCACUCCACGGCUACCUCCAAAGAGCUGAUGUCCGCCUGUGGACGCGUGUUCAUUUGCCGGGCGAGAGAUGGUUUGCUGAACGGAGAGAGGAUGCCAGAUCGCAGCCAACGACGCUUACAUGUGGCGUCGAGAAACUACUACAUGGUCGUGUAACUGCCGCCAGAGAAUUGACGGUCCAAAGGAUUGAUGAUCAUCACACUGAAGUUAAAUAUGGAUCUUCUAGCGAGUCUUUGAAUGUUGUUAAUUUGGUAGAGCGAAAGUGCACAUGUCGGCGUUUCGAACGCGAGAAAUUACCAUGUGUACACGUAAUCGCAGCUGCGGAGUACAACAAUGUUUGUCGUAUAUCCCUGUGCAGUCCGUACUAUAACAGUGAAUAUUUGGUGAGCGCAUACGCUGAAUCUAUCAUGCCGGCUGACGAAGCAGAAAUCGUGGCAGACCAACCGUGCUUGCCCCCGUAUAUUCGUCAACAACCAGGAAGACCUAAGAAAAAUAGGAUGAAAUAUGCUUUAGAAGUUGCACUUCAAAACAAACGUCCUAGGAAAGAACACACAUGUUCUCGAUGUAGACAUAGUGGCCAUAAUGCGAAAACUUGUCAGAUUUAA